CUUCCCGGCGCAGGCGCGGCCGGCCCGGCACGGGGGAAGCCCGGCGGCUUUCCCGGCAGCGGCGGGCUCAGGGGACGUCCCCGCCGGGGUGUGCCGGGGGCACAAGUAAGCGAUGGCUGCAGACACACAGCACCACGAAGUCUAAAUUGCUGCUGCUGAAAGCUUGUGCUGAGCUUGGGCCUAUGCUGAUGUGAGUGCAGCCCCUCCUGCACCCUGGCUUUAACAGAAAGGUUGUAUUAAAAAUGCCCAGUGAGAAGCAGACUGCAGUGAAAUACUACGUUGGAGUUGACGUGGGCUCAGCCAGCGUUCGCGCGGCGCUGGUGGACGGCUUUGGGACGGUGGUGGCACACGCAGAACAGCCCAUCCAGGUUUGGGAGCCCCAGCCAGACCACUAUGAGCAAUCCUCUGCAGACAUCUGGGCUGCCUGCUGCUCUGUCACAAAGGAAGUUGUCCGUGGAGUGGAUGCCAGCCAGAUCCGAGGGCUUGGGUUUGAUGCUACCUGUUCCCUUGUUGUGGUGGAUAAUCACUUCCAGCCUUUGGCAGUCAACUCUGAAGGACAGAACCAGAGGAAUGUGAUCAUGUGGAUGGACCAUCGUGCAGCGAGCCAAGUCAAGCGCAUCAAUGCCACCCAGCACAGGGUUCUGAGCUAUGUAGGGGGAGCCAUGUCUGUGGAAAUGCAGCCUCCUAAAUUGCUCUGGAUAAAGGAAAACUUGCCAGAAUCGUGGGAGAAGGUUGGCUACUUCUUUGAUCUUCCGGAUUUCUUAUCUUGGAAAGCCACAGGUGUCACUGCAAGGUCUCUCUGUACAGUAGUGUGCAAGUGGACAUACACGUCAGAUAGAGGUUGGGAUGACAGUUUCUGGAAAAUGAUUGGUUUGGAAGAUUUGGUGAAGGAUAAGUAUGAAAAAAUAGGAAACCACGUCCUGUCUCCUGGAGAGGCUGUUGGGAAAGGUCUGACUCGGGACGCUGCGCAAGAUCUCGGGCUCCCCGAAGGGAUUGCAGUGGCAGCAUCUCUCAUUGAUGCACAUGCUGGAGGACUAGGAGUAAUUGGAGCAGAUGUGAAAGGACACAACCUUCCAUGUGAGAACCAGCCCAUUACAUCCCGAGUCGCUAUGAUCUGUGGAACAUCUUCGUGCCACAUGGGGGUCAGUGAAACCCCCAUUUUUGUGCCUGGUGUUUGGGGACCGUAUUUCUCUGCCAUGGUACCUGGAUUAUGGUUGAAUGAGGGAGGCCAGAGUGCUACAGGAAAACUGAUUGAUCAUGUGGUGCGAGGCCACGUCGCCUUCCCAGAAUUAGAGGCAAAGGCUGAAGCCAGUGCUCACAGUAUAUAUACAUACUUGAACAGUCACCUGGAUCUGAUUAAGAAAUCUUUGCCUGUGGGUUUCCUCACUGUUGAUUUACAUGUUUGGCCAGAUUUCCAUGGUAACAGAUCUCCCUUAACAGAUCUGACACUAAAGGGCAUGGUUGUUGGACUAACAUUGUCUCGGGGUCUGGAUGAACUUGCCCUUAUCUACCUGGCCACGAUCCAAGCCAUUGCUUUAGGAACAAGACACAUUUUGGAGGCGAUGCAGGCUGCAGGACAUGAGAUCACCACGCUGUUCCUGUGUGGUGGGCUGAGCAAGAACCCUCUCUUUGUGCAGAUGCACGCUGACAUUACUGGCAAACCUGUUGUGCUGUCCAAAGAAGUGGAGUCUGUUUUGGUGGGUGCUGCUAUUCUUGGAGCUUGUGCUUCUGGGGAUUUUGCAUCUAUCCAGGAGGCCAUGGCGAAAAUGGGGAAAAUUGGAAAAGUUGUGCAGCCCAACCACGAGCAUAAAAGAUUUUACGACAAGAAAUACGAAGUAUUUUUGAAGCUUGUGGAGCACCAGAGAGAGUAUCGCUCCAUCAUGAACAGCUUGUGAUCCAGAGGCAUGGGAGCUGGGAACAGCAGGCAAAUUUCCAGGUGCAAUUUGCUGACAGAUUUUUAUCAUGCAAAUUAAAAGAAGGGAAGCAACCACCGUGUCAUCAGCUGCUCCAAGAGUCCUGCAGAGAGGCCCAGGCUUCACUCACAUGGAGAAGACAAGAAUAUGAUGGUUCCAAAGAAGCAAAGAGCAGCUCUUAGGAAAAAACUCCAUGAGACCCUCCUGGGUGAAGAGGCCUCAUAAGGCAAGAGUCAGGAAUGACAGCUUGUCAUACAGGUAACCUGCAAACUGAAUGUUCACAUGAGCUUGGUUAUUUUGUAUUCUGAUGCAUUUCAGUUCCAUGUGUCUCUUAAGCACUUUGAAAGUUAAAAUCUCUUGAAUGCAGAACCUUUCUCUGCUGUCCAAAUGCCUCUACACUGUUCAGUCAUGGUACAGUAUCCAGAGGAAUCCUUCUAAAAGGGAUCCCUGCUGCCCCAGCCCUUUGAAAAGAAAGUAUCCAGCUUGACACAGAAUCCUUCUGGGAACUGGGAUUCCAGCAUUAAGAAAGGACAGAGCCAGUGUGAACUGUUUGGAUUUGGCAAUAUCUGGGGGGAAAUCCAGCUGCUUUCUACACUGGAAACUGGAAAUUCUAGAGGCAAGUUAAAAUCCUGCACUUCAAAUCUGAGUGAUGUUUGAAAGGUCCAGCCUGACCCUUCCUAGGUCUGUUUUUUAAUUAACCAGGCUUUUCAUGGCACACGGUGUUCUCCUCCCUGCCAGGGCAACUGCAGGACUUCUCCAGGUAAGAAUUCCAGAAGCACUUACACUAGAAGGUUCUGGAUGCAGCAGGAUGGUAACACUACCACCACAGUAUUGCCAGUACCUGCAUCAGAAGGUAAUCACACAAUGGUACAGACUGCUUUUCCUUGCUGGGUCUCUUUCAAUCCAUUUGUUAUGUGCUGCUCACUCAGUAAAUGCUGAUUUAUAAACACUUAGGGGUCGAGGUUGUUUCCUUGGCUUAUUUUGUUGCUUCUCACAAGAGGUGUGAAAAGCAACACAGUUCCACAAUAAAGAACAUUUUCCUUUUUUCCCCUGUAUCCAGCCUCCCAGUGCAACAAGCAACCUCUGACUGGGGCCUGGUGAGAUUAGGAACUUCCAUGCUGCUUUUUGUGGAAUGUUGUCCCAGAGAUUCAAUAAACUACACAAAAUAAAAAUGCUAAAGGACUGUUUGAUAUUUCACAGAGUUGUUUGAUCUGACAUGUGUCAAAUGAUAAAUGCAAAUGGCUGCAGGAUCAUUCAAGCCCAAGUGGGUUUUGAAAUGCUGUGGGAAAAUUAGAGGAUAAAUAAAUCUGAUCCCAAGAGCUCAAGCUCGUUGUUUGGCAUGUGUCAAAAUGCAGACAGAGGUAAAUAUUACCUUUGUCUGCAGGGAGGGCAGAUUAGUGCUGCUGACCAGGGACUGUGCCUCCAGUAGGGGGUCAGGCAGCAACAUGCCAAAUUAAAAAAUGGAGAUAUGCUAAACAUAUUGGAGGUUAUUUAAUGUUUACAGGGAAAUUAGCAGGAUUAAUAAACCCUCUUUCUACAAUGGACUGUGAAAAUGAAGGUGAUUCUUUAUUUUUAAUACGUGGUUUUCCUCUGCAAAGUGACUGUGCAAAACUGGAGCCUUUGCUCUUUUAUACUAGUAUGUGCAGAGGUUCACAGAUCAGCUAGGGGAGGGUUUCCUUUCCACACCUUCUUUCCCUGUGGAUCUUACUCUGGAAGCUCUCUGGGUCAUGGCUGAAGCCCUCAGGAAUAUGGGUGCCCAUGGAGAGAAGCAUUGCAGCUGCAUCAAGGUGGAGUUGUCCAGAGUGACUUCCAGGGCCAGUUAUCCCAGAUAAACCAGCAGGCACAGCCAAGGAGCAGCUUGGACCCCUGGAAAAGCCAAUUGCCACAUCCUUUUUUACCCAGGCUGCUGCUGAUUUCCAAGUACGACAUAGAGAGGUCUCAGGAGCAAAAGGGGGCAGAGUGUGAGGACAGCUGCACAUGCAGUGACAGCAGUGAGUUUGUGCUGGUCAGAAAACAGGAAAAUUGAAUGUCAGGGCUGGCACCACCAACAAACCCAGCAAAGCACAAGCAGCAUCUCAGCAGAAGCAGCACAGCUUGACUGGCAGCUCCGGGGCACAGCGAGCAGUGUGACAGGUCAGGGAAAUGAAACCUCUCAGCAUUUCAACUGAUGCAACUUGACAGGGACCCCAGUGAAAACAGCAGCACAACAUUGUGUUGCCAUUUUGAUGGGAUUGUUCUGUUGAGCUGAACAAUGAUCUUUGUUCUUAAAAACAGCCAGCAAAAACAGUUUGUGUGAGCUGUGCUGUAACGAGAAGUCUCCAGGAGCCCUCAGUGCAGGGGUUCUGCACCCAGCAUCCCCUCAUCUGCUGUCACUGAGAAAGGGAAUUUAAGAGAAACCAUGUUUGAAAUCCAGAAAAAAAAAUGUUCCUGAUGCCAUCAGUUACAUCAUGUGUACAAGGACUAGGAAUGUGAAAUUUGGCCCAAAGGUAUUUUUAUGAACCUCGCUCUGACUUGUGCUUUUUACUCGUUUUCAUUUGAGUGCAGCAUUUAUCUUUGUGCCUCUUGUGUUUUGUUUGCACACACAGAGCGUUUGGCUGAGCCCACAGCUGUGUUUAUUCCUAAAUCCCCAUCCAGUCUGUAUGAACCCAGUCUGGCACCGAGCUUCCAGCUUCUCCUUGAGCUUUGUGCUUGACAUCCAUCACCUCUGACUGGCUUUGACCCACUGGGGUGGUGGAUCAGAGUCUGGGGAUCCCCACGGCUGCACUGCUGUGCCUGUGCUCAGUCCCAGCGAGGCCAGUGGGGCACUGAUGGAUCCCAGAGUCCUUCAAGGCCUUUCACAAAAGAAUCCUGUGGAAACUAAGAUUUGCUGCACUCAGAAUCCUUUGUUUGGUAGAACAGGAAAGGAAGGACUCCUCUGAAGUUGACCCAUUUGUGCUUCAGUGAAUUUUUCAUAAAAUUGACAAAAUCCUGUUUUAAUCUAUCCCACUCUACAACCUUCUGAGGGACUCUGUAGGUUUCUCUAAAAUACCUCUGUGGUUAUUGUUAAUUAGAAAAAAAUAAUAUUGCUGAAGGAUCGCUUUUCAGUUGAACUUCCUGAACAUAUGGUUCAAACUGAAGCUGAAAAGGAAAACUUCAGGACAAACUGUAUGAAUUACUACUAAUAAUAAAAUCAGACAUUUUUUAUAAGUCCACAUUAAUCUUCUUUAAAAGCUUUGGGUUAACCACAUUUUUUAAAUAAAACUUUUACCGGAGCGGAAUUUAUUAAGAGAGCUCAGUGUUGCCUUAGCUCUGUUCCAUGGGGCAUCAAGAGAAGUUUUAUUACUGAUCUCAGUCACAACAGUCUUAGAUCUACACAGAAUGGUUUUGAUAAGCCCAAUGUAAAAGUUUUAUUGGUUUAAGACAUGAAAAACAGACAUGUUACAGAGACCACUUCUACUCUAUAAACAGCCAUAACAUGGAUAAUGCAUCGCACUGGAGUCGGUGCUCCGGAGUGUAAAUAAUGGUGUGGAGGGAAGGAAAGCCUGGCCAAGUAUGUACAGCUAAGAAAAACAACAUAGACCCAGCUUGUAUAUGGUACUUCUCCUCUACAGAUCUCAAAAUUAAAUACAAAUAAAGUCUGUAUCAUUAGGUCAUACUCACAGAUGGAAAAGGGAAAAUUAACCAGGCCCGGGAAAGAGGGAAGUUGAUGCUCUUUGUUGUUAUGUCUAUCUUUGUACUUGAAACUAGAACUACUGAGGCAUUAUUUGAAACAGGUUUUGAGGCCAUGUGGUUGCUGUUUGUCCUGGAUGGGUUCUGUUCAAAGCCUCCUUUUCCUGUAUGUUAUAAAACAGUGUUAGAAAAACAUGAAACAACCGGAAGUAUUACACGGUGUCUCCCAGAGGUGUCCCUGGCUGUUGGGGAUCCACUGAUUUGAUUUGUUGUGCUCCCAGAGGAUGGGCAUAGUGGCAGUGGUGAUGUGGGGCUGUGCUCUGUUGUCUUUAUCCUAAAGAUAGAAAUGUGCUUUUAUUGCACCAGCAUUAACAACACGGUCCCUUGUUCUCCUUUGUACUUAGAUCUUUUUAUAGUGUGGUGAAAAAAGUGUGAAUGGCUUGUAAAUAUAACUUGCACUUGCUUCAAGGUGCCAAGCUCACACUGGCUCCAGUGGUGCAGAACACGGGCCUUAAAAAUCCUGAAAUCCCUUUAUAAAUGCAAUUGUGGACAUACUUCCCUCCACUAUUCUGUGCUUCAUCCUUGUAUUCACUUGGAAAAACUAUUUAAAUGCUGUAAUCCCAUCCAUAUGGCUCAGAGCCUCAAAGAAGGCAUUUAGCAGACAUGUUUGUCUGGAGAAUUAGGGUUUUACACAGAUUAUCCAGUGAGUGGAGAUGGGAUACCUCCUCUGGGGGAGGAACAGGAGCCCACACCAGGGGCUGCCUCAACAGAAGGACCCUCUGAAUCUGUUCUGUCCUUUUCCUGUUAACAGAUCCUGGACUGGAAUAAACAGUGAGCUUAUGUUGGGAUGAGAUGUCUUUGAACAAUUUUCCUCUGCAAGACCACACAGAUUUACUUAAAAACAGUAAACAGAUUAAAAAAACCUUCAUGCAUGACUGGAAACCAACUUACUGAAUUGUUUAAAAUGGAACUUCCACUACUUUUGUUUGUGUAAAAAGCUUUUACAGGACUGCAAACCAAUGUAAUUAUGCCUAGAUCACUGUUUUAUUUUAGGCAGUGUUUCACAUGGGAAGCAGGAAUGGGGGACAGAACCAGACCUAAGCCUGCUGUGUCCUACUCCUGAUUUUUACCCGUAGAAAUUAAUUUUAUGGGACAGCUGGAUUUUUAUGCUGCUGAUUAAAAAGACAAGCUGUCUUCUCAGAAGUGAGUUCAUGCUUGAAGAUGAGACUUCAUGUUUGUUACAUCUCGAGCUUUCACACUUACAAAUGUGAUUAUUGGACUGUUGAUUUUUGUAAUAGAUUGGGGAUUUUUUGCAUAGUCGAAUACAAAUAAUAUGAUUUUCUAGUGCAUUUUACCCAUUCCACAAGUUUGUAUUGUAAUUUAACAGUAUCCUCUGAGAUCAUCUAUUACAUUUUGGCAGCCUAAGACUUCAUGGGCAUUUCAAAAGCGGCACCUUGUAGAUGCGAAAGCAAUGAGCAAAUAAAAAUACAGUUACUGAUUUUUCAGGGAACAUAAAAAUGUGAUUUCUCCUGCUUCUAGUGAUGGAACCUAUAUUAAUUCCAGGGAGAAGGGCUUGGUCCUGGUUCUUACACAGGCCUUGAGACUGCUGCCAGAAGAAUGCCUUGUUUAAUAGCCUGUGUAAGCACUGCCUGCACUGUUAGUCCUGAACACUUCCCACAGAAUAAAUGCCCACAGCUGGUUUCUGCUGGGUGAGGGGCUCACUGGAGGCAGGUGGGGUAGCUGAGAUUCCUGGAAGAGAAGUACUGCAGAGUCUUCACUAAAUUAGUAAUUUGAUUGACAUAUUCAGUUCAUUAAUAAUAAUUUACUGUGAUUAGGAGAGAGUCACAGAAACUCAGUGUAGAUAUCACGCAGAACUAAUUGUCAC